UGUCAGAACCAGUUGAUUAUAAUGUCAGCACUGUCCAAUUCACGGGCUUAAAGCCGCAGCUGCAUACUGCGUUUUCCCUGAAGUAUUCAAAGAUCCUGACUCUUAAAAACUUUGUAGUUCUUGUAAUAGAAGUGGGGCAUCAUGAUUUGGACAAAUGGUACAAGUCUCUAUACCAGAUUUCUUAUGUGGCUUCUUCUCCUGUAUAUGUUAAUCAGGAAAGUAAUGCCUGAAGAUAACAUCAUUACAACCAAGAAAGGCAGAGUCAGAGGCAUGAACUUGCAGGUACUAGGGGGAACAGUGACAGCCUUUCUUGGAAUACCUUAUGGACAGCCACCCAUUGGUAGACUGAGAUUUCAAAAACCAGAACCUCGUGAGAAGUGGUCGGAUGUUUGGGAUGCCACAAAACAUGCAAACUCUUGUUACCAGCUUAUAGAUACAACUUACCCAGGAUUUCCUGGAUCAGAGAUGUGGAAUCCGAAGACUAACCUAAGUGAAGACUGCUUAUACCUUAAUGUAUGGAUUCCUUCUCCCAAACCCAAGAACGCAACUGUCAUGGUGUGGAUAUAUGGUGGUGGCUUUGAGAGUGGGUCGACUUCCCUACCGGUCUAUGAUGGCAAGUUUCUGGCCAGGGUAGAAAGAGUCAUUGUAGUUUCUAUGAACUACAGGACUGGUGCAUUAGGAUUUUUGGCUUUGCCAGGAAACCAGGAAGCUCCUGGAAAUGCAGGUUUAUUUGAUCAAAGAUUGGCACUUCAGUGGGUCCAGGAGAACAUCGCAGCGUUUGGAGGCAAUCCAAAAAGUGUGACUAUAUUUGGAGAGAGCGCUGGCUCGGCUUCUGUCAGCUACCAUAUCCUUUCUCCUAAAAGCCAUCCUUUAUUCACAAGAGCCAUCAUGCAGAGCGGAUCUGCAAAUGCCCCUUGGGCUGCAAUAACAGCAUCUGAAGCCAGAAACAGAACAGUGACUUUAGCUAAACAACUCCAGUGUCCCACCAGCAAUGAGACAGAGCUAAUUCUCUGCCUCCAAGACAAGCACCCGAAGGAUAUACUGGAGAAUGAAAUUUCCAUUGUAACAUAUGACCCUCUUUUGCAAGUAUAUUUUUGUCCAACUGUGGAUGGUGAUUUUCUCUCAGACAUGCCAGAAAUGUUGAUUGAGAAUGGCCUUUUCAAACAAACACAGAUCUUAGUUGGUGUUAAUAAAGACGAAGGAUCAGCAUUUCUAGCAUAUGGAGUCCCUGGCUUCAGCAAGGAUAGUGAUGGCUUGAUCAAUAAAACACAAUUUGAAGCAGCUUUAACUCUGUCCUUCCCAGAAGCGAGCCAACUUGCCAUAGAAUCCAUCAUUUUUCAGUACACAGAUUGGGAAAAUGAGCAAAAGCCAGAGCAUUACCGUGAUGCCAUGGAUGAUGUUAUUGGUGACUACAAUAUAAUAUGUCCUGCAGUGGAAUUCACGAAAAAAUUUGCACAACAAGGACACAACGUGUUCUUUUAUUUCUUUGAACAUCGAUCCUCAAAGCUCCCUUGGCCAGAGUGGAUGGGAGUAAUGCAUGGUUAUGAGAUCGAGUUUGUGUUUGGAUUGCCCCUAGAAAGAAGAGUGAACUACACCAAAGCUGAAGAAAUCUUAAGUCGGUCCAUGUUGAGAUACUGGGCAACUUUUGCGAAAACUGGAACUCCAAAUGGGACCCUGAUUAAUGGAACAAGAUGGCCAGUCUUCACCAGUACUGAACAAAAAUAUUUGACAUUAAAUACCGACACUUCAGAGAUACUGACAAAAUUACGUGCUCAGCAGUGUCGAUUCUGGAAAUUUUUUUUUCCCAAAGUCCUGGAAAUGACAGGAAAUAUUGAUGAAGCAGAACGAGAGUGGAAAGCAGGAUUCCAUCGCUGGAACAAUUACAUGUCAGACUGGAAAAAUCAAUUUAAUGAUUACACUAGCAAGAAGGAGACAUGUGCAGGCUCUAAUUAAUAUGUUUACCCUUU